AUGGCGACCGAUAACAUAGAAAGCCCAGACACCACCGUCGCGACCCUGCGCACAGUCCUCACCUCUGAAACCGAACCGCUUGCUCGCCGAUUCCGUGCUCUAUUCUCGUUAAAGCACCUCGCGUGCCUGCAGCCUCCAACUGAGAAAACACUGCCCGCGAUUCAAGCUAUCGCUGCUGCAUUCUCUUCUCCGUCAGCUCUGCUCAAGCAUGAACUCGCAUAUUGCCUUGGUCAGACGCGGAACGUCGAUGCCUUGCCGUUCCUGCAUGAUGUGUUGAAGGAUGCCGAAGAGGAUGCGAUGUGUCGCCACGAAGCUGCAGAGGCGCUGGGGGCUUUGGGAUACGAGAGCAGCUUGGAGCUUUUGAAAGAGCUCAGGGAUAAUAAAGAUGAGGUUGAUGUUGUGCGGGAGACGUGCGAUAUUGCUGUUGACAGAAUCUUGUGGGAGCAAUCUGAGGCUAGAAAGGCUGAGACGCUGAAGCCCAGUGACUUCACCUCCAUUGACCCCGCCCCGCCUAUGCCCUUGACAGCAAAGGAGCCCUCGAUUCCCGACUUAGAACAAACAUUGCUCGACAUAAAACUCCCAUUGUUCCAAAGAUAUCGUGCGAUGUUCGGCCUGCGUGAUCUUGCCUCUCCUCCUGAUCUUCCCACAGCCAAGCAAGCCGUCGAGUCACUUGCCAAGGGCCUGAAGGACCCCUCUGCUCUCUUCCGCCACGAGAUCGCAUUCGUAUUCGGCCAGCUGUGCCACCCUGCCUCUGUUCCCAGCCUCACAGAGACUCUCAGUGACCAAAGCGAGGUUGGAAUGGUGCGACACGAAGCUGCCGAGGCUCUCGGCAGUCUAGGUGAUGUCGAAGGUGUGGAAGAUACCCUGAAGAGGUUUUUGAACGAUCCGGAGAAGGUGGUGCGAGACAGUAUCAUCGUGGCUCUUGAUAUGGCAGAGUAUGAGAAGAAUGGGGAGGUCGAAUAUGCGCUGCUGCCGGACUCUGGAAACCUGGCUGCUGUGCCCGCUGCUUGA